AUGGAGUCGGCCAAGAUCACUAUGCACUGGUUGGAAGUACUACGCAUUAAAAAAGCUUUCCAAGCCGUCCAAAGGAUUUACUACCCCCUGCUCGCAGCCGUUAGUGUUCCUGUUAACGUUAUGACAAUUGUGAUCCUGUCCCGGGGAAGAUGCGGCCUAUCCACUUGCGUAACUCGUUACCUUGUGGCCAUGGCGGCGGCGGAUCUGUUGAUUGUCAUCAUCGACUUGAUAUUGAGGCAUAUACCCAUCCUCUAUUGGAAGGAGUUCAGUUUUGUGCAGUCCUUUCCCGUGUGCAAUAUCCACGCCGUCCUGCUGUUCGCAGCUACAGACUGUUCUGUCUGGUUCACCGUCACCUUCACCUUCGAUCGAUUUGUGGCCAUAUGUUGCCCGAAGAUGAAAACGAAAUAUUGUACCGAGCGAACGGCGGCGUUUGUUUUAGGGACAGUGACAGUGUUGAGUUGUUUGAAGAACAUUUUCUGGUACUUUAUGUUGACGGGUCGCUAUUUGCUGACGAAUCUCCCCUGGUUUUGUGCAGUGGUUCCCGGCGUGCGCUCUUCGCGGGUCUGGGCAGCAAUUGAGUUUCUUCAUUACAUUUUCACCCCGGGCGUCCCAUUCCUUCUGAUUAUGCUGCUCAAUAUGAUGACGGUCAGACACAUUGUGGCAGCCAGCAGAGCGCGCAGGAGAUUCCACGCUCAAAGCAGUGGAGAGUGUGGGAAGAAUCCCAGAGAUGCAGAAAUGGAGAGUAGAAAGAAGUCCAUAAUUUUAUUGCUGGUUAUCUCAGGCAAUUUCAUCUUCUUAUGGUCACUGUUCAUCGUGUACGCUAUCUGUUACCGAAUAUUGGCCUUGGGACAUUUGUCUGUGGACGUCAAUAUUUAUGUUGAACAGAUUGGAUUCAUGUUGCAGCUUCUGAGCUGCUGCACCAACACAGGCAUUUACGCAGUGACUCAGACCAAGUUCAGAGCGGAGAUGACGAAUGCAGUGAAAUAUCCUUUUACCGCAAUUAUGAAGUUAAUGAAAUGA